AACACAUGUGAGAGACAGAGAGUGGCGUGUAUUGAGUGAACACCGCAUUCAUUACCACCGAUUGUCACCCAUCGGGAACUCAUUGGGCACAAGAGAUGGCCAAAGCUAUUAUCAACACCAAUGACUUAUUGCACGAAAUACAGAACCUGUCGAUCAAACCGACACAAAAGCUGAUCCAAAACAAAGACUACUAUGACUUGAAUCGACCGCAGACUAAGUCUAUACAAGACUUAGCCAAAGCCCACAUCCAGUCAUUUAACUUCAUGAUUGAGGAAGGAUUGCAGAAAGGGAUUCAGAAUCUCAAACCUCUUGAGUUUGAGUUGUCCACCAAAGAGAGGAUUAGGAUUCAAAUAAUUGACUCAGCGAUAUUUCCACCGAUUGUCCACAAAGACUCGCAGUCGCGAACGGUUCACGUCUAUCCCUCGGAAUGUCGUAUGAGAGGCACGACAUAUAAGGGUAAACUCCAUCUGACCUUCUCGUGGAGUAUUGACGGGAAAAUGCAAGAAAUCAUCGAAGAGGCCGUCGGAGAGAUACCUAUUAUGGUUAAGUCAAAUCGAUGUAAUUUAGAAAAGUUAACCAAAAAACAAUUGGUUCAGAGGAAAGAGGACGCCGACGAGUUCGGCGGCUAUUGGGUGGUCAACGGUAACGAACGUGUCGUCCGAUUACUGACCGCUCAGCGCAGGAAUUAUCCAAUGGCUAUCAAUCGAAAGUCAUGGAAAGAUAGCGGACACCUAUUCAGUCAAUACGGUAUAUCAAUCCGUUGCGUGCGUACAGAUCAAGUGGGAUCCAAUAUGAUUCUUCACUAUUUAACUAACGGAACGGCUAGACUCCGGUUCUGGUACGACAGACAACCCGUGUAUUUGCCGCUAAUAAUGGUGUUGAAAGUGUUGAUGGAUGUCUCCGAUCAGUACAUAUUCAACGAGUUAGUGAAAGGCAAACAAACGGACACUUACUUCAAGGGCUGUAUCACUAAUAUGUUACGUCUGGUUCAGGACGAGAACCUCUACACCAGUAAACAGAUUAAGAAAUAUAUCGGCGAACGGUUUCGCGCCAAAUGUCACUGUCCUGAAUGGUAUACCGACGAAGAGGUCACCGAUUAUCUGUUCCGAGAAUGCGUUGCAAUACAUCUGAACUCAAAUCAAGACAAAUUCAAUUUAUUAAUAUUUAUGACCAGAAAGUUGUUUGCGUUCGCGAAGGGAGAGUGCGCUCAAGAGAAUCCCGACAAUCCUAUGUUCCACGAGAUCUUCCUCAGCGGUCACGUCUACUUCACGUUACUUCUGGAACGCAUGUCUAUAUUCUUGGCGAGCGUUAAGCAAGUGAUCGACAAAUUGCUGUUAACGGCAGAGAAGUCGGGCAACAGGUGUGCACUCAACUCAACGAUACUCAAGAAGGCGUUGAACGCGAAGUACAGCGAAAUUACGCGACCACUAGAAUACCUGUUGACCACUGGAAACCUGCGCUCCCGGUCUGGACUCGGUUUGCAACAGACGGCCGGCAUUACAGUGAUGGCCGAUAAGAUCAAUUGGCAGCGCUUUGUGUCCCAUUUCCGUGCCGUCCAUAGGGGACAGUUCUUCGCCGAAAUGAAAACCACCGCAUGUCGUAAACUCUAUCCCGAGGCCUGGGGUUUCAUGUGUCCCGUCCACACACCCGACGGCUCUCCGUGUGGUCUACUUAACCACUUGGCAGAGAUGUGUCAAAUCACUAAUUAUCAGUCGACUGUACGAAACGUAUUGGAACUGUUGUCGAGCGCCGGUAUGGAACCACUCGACUGUCCCGUCUAUAUAGACGACACAUAUCUGAGUGUCUCACUCGACGGCAAAAUAAUCGGCUAUUUGAAGGAAUCGUUGGCCGCGCAAGUGGUUAACGAAUUGCGGACACUUAAAGCGGCCAACAAAGAGAAAGUGCCGCCAACUCUGGAGAUCGGUUUCAUUCCUAAGACA